CAAGCUCCGAGCUGCGGUGGUUGAUUGUGAGACUGAUUGUGAGACCGAUUGUGAGACCGAUUGUGAGAGCGUGGCUCAUUGACUCGUUGAUUGUAUUCUUACUCGCAUUGCAUCAGGCUGCUUUUUGGUGGAUCUGCAUGAAGUGACUCACGACUGCGUGACCAAUUCACCACCACCUCCUCCUCCUCCAUCACCACCGACAGACGGACAGACAGACAGACACGGACAAUCAGCCCAGUGAUCGACCAACGCUACUAGAAUACUGCAUCCUGCAACCAUUGCACUCGAACCACUCGAUCAGAUCCCACACCUCCUCAAACUCAGACUCAUACUCACUCACGCACCCUCAAUCCCGAACCCAAACCCAAACUCAAACCCAAGACCCUCCCCAAAAUGACGACCCCAAAAUACAACCUCCGCAACCCCCUGCCCCUCUCCGCCACCCAAGAAUCCGAAGUCAAGCAAAUAUACUACAAACGCGUACGAGGCCACUGCGCCCCGGAGAUCAAGGCCUUCGCCGAAUGCGCCGUCAACCGCACGGUAACCGCGACCUGGGUGUGCCGGACGCAGCGGCUGGCGAUGAACGCGUGCAUGGUGGCGCACGCCAAACCAGAAGAAGAAGACCGGGCGCGGGAGGAGUGGUUCGCGACGCACGAGGAGCGGCGGCGCGCGGAGCAGGCCAAGCUGGACGCCGUCGAGGAGCGGCGCGCGCAGGUCAUCUCGAUGAUGCGGGCGGAUGAUGAGCGGCGGCGGCGGCAGCAGGAGGAGGAGAAGGUGCGGCAGCAGCAGAAGUAGGCUGCGCCGGGGGACGGAUGUUCUUCUUGGUCCGGGUGAGGUUGGCAGUGGGUUGGGUUUUUGGAGCGGGAGGUCAGUUCGCACCGUUGGUGCUGGGGGGGUUGGGUGCGGAUGCAUGAGGAUAUGCGAUUGGGGCUCGCUUCAUGGGCGUUAUGUUGUGUCUUCUUUGCUUAUGUUGUAUGAUAUGGCGUUUUAUGUUCAUUGGCUUUUCUUUUUUGUCCGUCGUUGUAUGCAGGGUACCUUUUAGAAAGCAUGUGUACAUGUAUAGUAUGGACCGACCAGAGAGUGGCUGAGAGCUCAAGGAUAUAAAAGUGGUGGCAGGAAGCCGAAGCUGAAGUCGUGAUG